CCAUACCGUAUCCUUUGGGCAUCGGUCUAUACAAAUUAUCCAGAAUGGAUCUCGCAAAUGUUCAUAGUAAACGCUCCUUCAUUUAUGUCUCUGCUAUGGAAGGCAGUUGGUCCGCUCAUACCGGAACGAACUCGUAAUAAAGUGAAAAUUUGCACAACGAACAGUGACUGGAGGAGUUUGAUCCAAAAAUAUGCCAAGGCAGAGAAUAUACCAGCACACUGGGGAGGAACACUAGUCGACUCGAACGGGGAUGGAAUGUGUCGGUAA